CCUUAGACAUAAAUGAAUGUAUGAUGCAGGGGCUGUGUCAGAAUGGAGAAUGUUUAAACACACAGGGAAGUUUCCGUUGCACCUGCAAACCUGGUUAUGUACUGACAGAAAGGACACGCUGUGUAGCAGCAACGAUUGACCAGGGGCUCUGUUAUCGUAUGGUUACGGAAGCAGGGAAAUGUGAGCAUGCUCUUCCAACACGCCUUUCCCAGGAGAUGUGCUGCUGCACUGUGGGUAAAGCAUGGGGCAGCAACUGUGAGAGAUGCCCUCAGGAUGGGACAGCUUCCUUUAAUAAGAUCUGUCCAGCGGGAAAGGGGAUGUCUUUCCUGACCUAUCAUGGCACUCUUUCCAUUCAGCCCUGGCUGACCAGUAUUGAACACUUUAAUCCAGACACUGAGGUCAAGCUUCCGGAAAUCCCAAUUCAGACGACCACGCCCAUGCAGCUCUCACCAAUCAGCACACAUGGGCCUCGCCACCCAGUCAUUGUGGCCAGGCCAACAACUCCUCCCAUAGUCCAUGUACCUCCAGAGAGCGAUUCACAUGAAGUGGCCCAGACGCAGGUCUCGCCAAUGGAUGACUGCAAGCUGAACAGGAAUAUAUGUGGCCAUGGGGAGUGUGUGAACACACAAAAUGGUUUCAUGUGCCACUGUUACCCUGGAUAUCGACCACAUGCAGAGAGAAAGAGUUGUGUAGAUGAAAAUGAAUGUGACUCAGAUCCAUGUGGUAGAGGCACCUGCAUUAACAACGUGGGUUCCUACAGAUGCAACUGUCACAGUGGCUUCAAACUUGUGAUGCAUCAUGGGAAACGCAGAUGUGUUG